UUGUUUGUGGUGUUCUCCCCGGGAGGAGGGAGAGCGGGCGAACCACAACAUUCGUCCGGUCGGGGCCGAUUGAAGCAGCCUGUUCGGGCCGAAGGGAGGGGAGGGAGUGCAGGCGGCGAUUGCUGGGGGUUGGGAAGGAGGAGAAGAGCAGGCGAAGGAGGCAGGCGGGCGCAGGCCGGAGAGAAAGGCGACAGAGAAGGAGGAAGCCAGCCUCGGCGGACGCCUCCCAGCUCCCCCCAGCCCUCUCGGACCUCGGACUCUCUUCCUCCCCCCUGGGCGGCUGGUGCCGGCUUCGCUUCUUCUCGCCAUGUCGGUGAAUAUGGAGGAGCUCAGGCACCAGGUCAUGAUCAACCAGUUCGUGCUGGCCGCGGGCUGCGCGGCCGACCAGGCGAAGCAGCUGCUGCAGGCGGCCCACUGGCAGUUCGAGACCGCCCUGAGCACGUUUUUCCAAGAAACAAACAUUCCGAACAGCCACCAUCACCACCAGAUGAUGUGUACACCUAGCAACACACCUGCCACACCACCCAAUUUCCCGGAUGCGUUGGCCAUGUUCUCCAAGCUACGGGCCUCGGAGACCCUGCAGAGCAAUAACAGCCCCAUGACCGCCAUGGCUUGCUCCCCCCCUGCAAACUUCAGCCCCUUUUGGGCCUCCUCUCCACCCAGCCAUCAGGCAGCCUGGAUCCCACCCUCUUCCCCCACAGCUCACAGUCUACACCACCUCCACCAUCCUCAGCCCACGUGGCCCCCCGGGGCACAACAGGGGGGUUCCCAGCAGAAAGCUGUGGCUGCGAUGGAUGGGCAGAGAUAAGACUUUGUGCUGCUGGGGCCCGGGCUGGGGGUGCAGGGGCUAGAAGUGCUUGGGGUAGGGGUGGGUGCAGAGAAGGACAGGUUAGGGAAGGGUGGGGUGGGAUGGGGUGGGGUGUUUCCUGAAGAUUGCACUGGAAAAUUUUAUAAUUUUUUUUUAAACUUCCUGAGCCUCCUGAGGCCUUCAGGGGGGAUUUCUCUUCAGGAAAGUCAAUAACUGGUCUUUUCUCUUUUUAAUAUAUAACUAUAAUAUAUAUAAAUAUACAGAUAUAUCUAAUGUAUAGGAGAAUGGGGCCAGCUUUGGAGAAUGGGAAAGAUGGCGAACACUUCUUUUCUGCCCCCUUUCCCCCUGCUUCACUUACGCCAGAGCGGAGUGCUUGCCUAAUAACAGAUAGAUCUCUGGGUAACAGGGUCUGGUGACCUGAGGGGUCUAGAGCAGCUGUGACAGUGGAGGAUAGGAUGAGGGGGCACACCCCCAUUCUCUGCAAUGCUGAGGCUGUGAACCUGGAUGGCGGCAGCGGCCCGAGAAGAAGCCAGGCUCUCUCCUUGCGACUCCCUAGGAAUAGCGACAACAGAAAAAUGGAUUUGAGGGGCAGUGAGGACUUUGUGCACCCUCCCAAUCUGGACUCUGCCUCCAGAAAUGCUGGUCACAGCUACCACUGUUCCUCUGACCUCAAACUGGAUGGUAUCUUCUCCCUUGCCCCCAAUCACUGCUGCUUAGCCCCUGGAGGCAGCAACUGCUCUUUUUGCCGGCUCUCCUAGGGUCUGGAGAGGGGUGGGGUGGCCCACCUCCAGAUAAGAUUUAUCUCCUCCCUGUUCCAGGGCUGGGGCCCUGCACUGUUGUAUGUGAGGGAUGGGGGUGGGGAGGACCCUUAAGUGUCUCCCACCAGAGCCACAAGUGGUGGGGGCUGCACGCUUGGUUGAGCUGGAUAGGACAAGUUUGCAACCAAGGACUCUUGGUUUAGUUCCCAAAUCAGAAUCUUGCUCAUGCCAGGUUGAGUUUUUUUUUUAAUUAAUUUAAAAUUUUUUUAAAAAAUGAAUUUUCUAACC